AUGGCGCGCAUCACGCCGACAAUGGUCGUGGCGACGAGCCUCAUUCUUACAAUAGUCACGGUGACCAAAGCGUUCAUGCUAAAGAAACAGUUUUAUCCGUCGGUCGUACACUUGACCAAGGACGGCGGAAGUAUGGCCGUUCUUUACUUUCAAGGUGCCGUUCUGGGUUACCUAUUGUUCACAUUUUUUAGAUGGAUCUUCUUCGGACAGCUACGGGUAGCUGAGACAGAGGUAAGAUGAGUUUUAAGGAUUCUGGAGCUAGAAAUAUUGGUUUGGAGAGGUUUUGAGGGUAGAAAUUGAGAUUUUAAGAGAUUUUUAACUUAAAACAAUAUAUACUUUGACGAUUUUUAGAGCUAAAGCAAUAUAUUUUGAAUUUAUUGUUAAAAAUAUUGAAGAACAGAUUCAGAAGCAUUAGAAUAUUAAUAAUUUUGAUCUAAUUUGUCCCAUUUCAGCACGCAUUAGAUCGAUUUUGGCACGCAAUAGUAGAAACUUGUCUUGCCUUCACCGUUUUCAGAGACGAUUUUUCCCCAAAAUUCGUAAUCCAAUUCGUAGUCCUAUUCUUCUUCAAAGGCUUCCACUGGCUAGCUGAAGAUCGUGUCGACUUCAUGGAACGAUCUCCACUAAUCACCUUCAUUUUCCACGCUAGAAUCAUGGGAAUCGUGGCGGUGUUGGCGGCGGUCGACUCGUAUUUCAUCUCAAAUGCCUAUUUUACCACCGUGUUAAGAGGCGCUUCAGUUCAAAUUGUGUUUGGAUUUGAGGUAUGUGUUUGAGCUUUGAUUUGAUGUUUAGAUAAUGAAGAUUGGUUGAGUUUGAGGAGAGUUAUGACAAAAAGUUUGGUUGAAUGCAGAUUUGGUGGUCAUGGAUAAUAUAAAUUGUUAUAACUGAUGGAUUUGUGGUUUAAGAUAAGAUUUUUAUGUUAAAAUAGGUGUAAAUGAGUAUGGCUUGGCUUAUAAAAAGAACAUUUUGUAGGGGUGAAGAGGUUUUUACGAGUUAUGAUGAAAAGUUUUGUCAUAGGGUAAAGUAGAUGGGCAUGGAUAAUAUAAACGGUGAUAAAAUUAAUUUUGAUGCUUUAGAUAAGGCUUUUUGAUUAAAAUAGAUGUAGAUAGGUUUAUUGUUUCUUUCUGAAAGAAAAAUUUUGUGUAGUUAUUGGGUUUGGCAAAGUUAUGAUGAAGAGUUUUGGCGUAGAUCCGAUUACGUGAUCAUGAACAAUAUAAAUGGCUAUAUUGGCCGAUUUGAUGACAUUAAAAAUAACUUUUGAAUUAAGACUGGUUUAAAAAUGUUUUAUAGAGCUUUUGAAACGAAAUGUUGAGAUUUUAAAAGCUAUUUUUGUCAAGGGUAAUAUCAUGGUUAAUAUCGUGUUUGGCUGAAAUUUGAGUUUUUUUAUGGAAAUAGUUAAUGGGUUAUGUUUUAAAUAGGGAUAUAGGUUUAGAAAUUAGUUUUUUAGCUAAAUAAAGUUAGUCGAAGACAUUUUUUGUCAUGCACAAUAUAAUAAUUAGCAUGGUUAAUAUCGUUUUUCAUACAAUUUUGGCAUUCUUCGGGUAGAAAGUGCUUUGGUAUUGUGAGAAAUGAUUUUUUUGUUAAUAUCUGAUAUGAAAAAUUUAAAAAAUGAUCAAAAUCUCAUUUUAGUACGCGGUUUUGUUAACAAUGAUCUUCCACAUAGCGAUGAAGUACCUGUUACACAUGCACGACCUCCGCUCCGUCCAUCCGUGGGAAGCUAAAGCGGUCUACAUGCUCUACACAGAGCUCGUAAUCACGGCCUUAAGAUUCAUCUUAUACUUUGCAUUCUGUAUGGUAAUGAUGCGACUUCACACGUUCCCAUUAUUUGCCAUCAGACCUCUAUACCUGACCUUAAGAAGUCUGAGAAAGGCCGGAAACGAUGUGAUUCAGUCCCGCAGAGCCAUCCACGCCAUGAACAAUCUAUACCCACUGGCGACGGAAAGAGAAUUGACCGAAGGUGACAACAUUUGCAUCAUCUGCCGAGAGGAAAUGACACUUGAUGCCAGUCCGAAGAAGCUACCCUGUGGCCAUAUCUUCCAUCCAAACUGCCUCAGGUCCUGGUUCCAGAGACAACAAACGUGCCCAACUUGCAGAACUGACGUUUUGGGAGGUAAGGGAACGUUUGGGAAAGGGUUUUUGGAAUUUGACGGAAUGUAAAUAUGGUUAUUGAUUUUUCGAGACUAGGUGUCAAAAUAUUAUUGGAUUUUUAUGUUUGGGUAAUAUUUGGUAAUAGAGUGAUAGUAACGUCUAUUUACGGGUUUUUUUGAAAGUUGACGGAAUGUAAAUAGGAUUAUUGGUUUUUGAAACGAAGUGACAGAAUGUUAUUGGAUUUUCAAAUAUGGGUAGAAUUUGUGAUAGAGUUUUAGUAACAUUUAUUUAUGAGUUUUUUUGAAAUUUGACGGAAUGUAAAUAUGAUUAUUGGUUUUUAUAACGAAGUGUCAAAAAUUAUUGGAUUUUCGAAGGUGGUUUUUAAACGUAAAAUACGGUCGCUUUAAAAUUUUGUUUUUUUUUCAGCUGCGCCCGGACCCCAACAAGCCCCACUCCCAGGCCAACCCCCUAUCGACGGCGGUUUGGCCGCUUUCCUAGCCAAUAUGGGCCUACCACAACUGCAACAAGCCCAACAACAACGUCAGCAACCUCAGGUCAACCUAGAUGGCAAUCAACUACGUGUCAAUUUGGGCCAAAUCUUUGGGAAUGGCGGUCCACAAAUGCAAAUCAUUGCCGGAAUGGGCGGUCAACCUCACGUUCAUCAACAACAACAACCUGUUAAUGGGGUAAGGGUGUAGACUUUUUGUUUUUUUUGUGGUUUUGGGGAUGAUUUUGGGAAAAAAGAGGGCUUUUUUAGGGGAAAUAAAAAAGUUUUGUCGUUAUUUUUGGGGGAUUUGCACUACGAAAAACGACAAGUCUUUUUUUAAGUUUAUUUUAGUUAAUAAAACAUGGUUUUUUGGUCAAAAAAUGAUGUGUUAGAUAUUAGAAAGGUAAAAUUUUGAUUAAAAAGUUGGAUUUUAGGUAAUAAAAAGCAAAUUUUUGGCUGGAAUAUGAUGUUUUAGGUAACAAAAAUGGAAUUUUUGAAAAAUUUUCAAAAUUCGUAUUUUCAACACUAAAAUACGAUUGUUUUCAGCCAUUCGUCUUCCCCACCCCACACCCAUUCCCAGCACCACCCAGCUACAGCGGCCUAAACGCCGUCGAGCUGGCCGAGCUUGAAGGUCAAUCCAGAGCGGCGAUGGAAGCCCGGCUCCAGGCCUUGUACAAUAUCAACACGUUGCUCGAGGCGGCGACUCUCCAAUUCCAACAAUAUUUGUCUGUAGCACCUAACAUUCCCAUGCCCAACUUCCCACACGAUGGUGGUAACAAUACUGGUACUGAUGGUACUAAUGGUACCAAUGAAAAUUCGAAUUUGGGAGGAAAUGGAAGUAAUAGCAGUAAUAGAAGUACGGAUGGUUCAAAUGGUACCAAUAAUGGUACUAAUGGUCUAACUGGUACUAAUGGACCUGGUACCACUGGUACAGUUGAUAACACAAAUGCUCAAGCCAGUUCAAGUGGAUCGUUCAGCACUAGUCAAGGAAACCUAAAUGGUACUUUUGGUACUGGAACUCAGUCCGGUACUAGUGGAACUCAACCCGGUACUCAUGGUACAGCAUCGAAUUCAGGUUCAAGGAGUAAAUUGUUAGGAAACACAUCGACCGGUCUGGAAACGUCAACGAGUAGUCAACAACGGACUAGCGGGUAUGGGUUUGAAGGUUUUAAAAUUUUUUUGAAAUUUGUAAAAUUUUGAAAAAAAAUAAUUUUUUUUAGUGUAUGGUACAUAAAAUGCAUUCUUUGCGAUUUGUUGCCAAAAAAUGUCAUUUUCAAAAAAUUUUUUAAAUUUUGAAAUUUUGAAAAAAAAAUUAUUUUUAUCAGUUUAUGGUACAUAAAAUGGCAUUUAUGGUCUAAAAGCGCUUUUAACAUGCCUUUUUUCGCGGUUUGUUACCUAAAACUUUCAUUUUAAAAAAAAAUUUUUAAAUUUUAAAAUUUUGAAAAAAAUAAUUUUUUCUCAGUGUAUGGUACAUAAAAUGGCAUUUAUGGUCUCAAUGUUAUUUUAAAAUGCAUUUUUUUUGCGAUUUGUUACUUAAAAAUGUCAUUUAAAAAAAUUUAAAUUUAAAAAUUUUGCAAAAAUGAAAAAAAUUUUUUAUUUUUUUUUGUCAAAUGCAUAUCGAAAAAUGACAUUUUUCGAAUUUAGUUUGGACGCCGGCUCCACGGAGGACUCCCCCAACGCCGCGCACAACGAAGAACUCCGCCGUCGUCGGCUCGCCGCCUUCGAUCGGCCGUAA